UUCAUAUUUUUGUCACGGUGUCGCGGUUUUUUACAUAUAAGCUGUGCCAACAUUUGAAUAAUAAAAUAGAAUUUAGUUGGAGAAAUCCAUGCAAUUCUUAGUUCAAUGAGGAGAAAAAAGAAUAGUUAAGAAAAAAAUGAAAUCCAAAAUUAUUUGACACUUAUAUUUAAAUACUUUUAAAUAAUUGAAAAAGGUUAUACAAUGUAAAGUCGAGAGUACUCAGCUGUUUAGUCGCUGAAGCUGUCUGCUGAAAAAUCGGCGUUCUUGCUCUUGGAAAAAUAUUAACCUCUCUUUAAGAAUAUCAUGUUUUUGUACCAUAAUUUCUAAGAUUUGAUGAUUAUUGUUUUUGUUUAUCACUUGUUUAAUAAAUUAUAAAAUCUAGUGCGUUUAUAUUAUCAAGUGCCGUGUUCUUUCAUCUUUACAAUGAGAAAAAUAACAAUUGUUGGUCAAAUGAUUUCAAAAAAUUAUAAGUUCCUAUGCCCAUUACUUUCUUGUUGUGAGAGCAAUAAAAUUAGAAGAUUUUUGAGCAAUGAAAACAGAUCAGGCCCAAUUAAAAUGUCAUAUAAAGAGUUUGGAGAAUCACACACAACGUCCGAUGUACCUAUAGUCAUCAUGCAUGGUCUAUUUGGUUCAAAAAUGAAUUGGAAUUAUGUAUCAAAAGAAAUUCAUACAGCCUUGCAAAGAAAGGUGUUCACUGUCGAUGCACGGAAUCACGGUGACAGCCCGCAUACACCAGAUCACAGUUAUCUACUUCUUGCUCAAGAUUUGAAAGCAUUUCUUCAAGAAAGAAACAUUGAUAAAGCUGUCCUGAUUGGCCAUAGCAUGGGUGGAAGAGCUGUGAUGUAUUUCACUCUUACAAACCCGCAUCUAGUUGACCGACUAGUAGUAUGCGACAUUUCACCAGUUGGCACUGGUCGUGGGUUCCAAGAAAUGAACGAUAUCAUCCAAGCAAUAAGGGAUGUCAAUCUGAACGAACUAGCAAAUCUGAAGAAUAUUUCCCAAGCCAGAAUGAGAGCAGAGAAACUAAUAACAGAAAAAUUGAAACUGGAUAGAAGAAUAGCCAACUAUCUAGUAACUAAUUUGAGGGAAGAUGGAUCAGGAGGCUAUUCAUGGAGAGUAAAUCUAGAUGCUAUUCAUAAGAAUUACGAUCCCCAUAUCACCGUAUUUCCACUACCAGAAAAUGCACACUACGAUGGACAAACCCUGUUCGUUGUUGGAAAACAGGGUGAUUUUGUCAAACCAGAAGAGCACGACGAAAUCAGAAGGAUAUUUCCCAAAGUGAAAUUCUUGGAAUUGGAUGCUGGUCAUUGGGUUCAUGCAGAUAAACCGCAGGAAUUUAUUGCAGGCGUUUGCGAUUUUCUCAAAAGCAGCUGAAGAUUAUGUUAUAGGACUUGAUACACUCAUAUCCUAGUCACAAGUUAUAUGUUACAUUUUUAAAAAUUAUAUUUUUGUUGAAUUGUAA